AUGUCGAUGAUGCGGUCGCGCAGGCUGUGCUGGCUGGCGCGGGUGCUGGGGGUGUUCCCGCUCACGGAGCGCCCCGCCGGCGAGCCCGUCAAGCCGGACGCCAAGAUCAACGCCGUCUUCCCGGCGGACGCGGCGUCGGCGAUGCCGCGGAGCUGGACGACGGACUUCUCCAGGAAGGCGCGCGGGGACCCUGGGCCCAAGCCCAUGCUGCUGGAGAGGUCGGCCUUCUGGACGUGCUACUCGGUGCUUUUCGUGAGCGUGGUGCUCUGCGCCACGGUGUACUGCACCCUGGACGACUUCUUCAAGGGCGAGGCGGCGACGGGCGUGCGGUGGACGUCGCGCACCGACCAGUACGCCACACUGUGCGAGUACCUCAGCCUGUGCAUCUCCGCCCUGGCCUCGGCCAUCAGCGCCUGCGCCUUCGUGGGCCCCGUCAUCCGCCAGGCGGACCUGCUCGCGGAGGUCGACGCUUUGCUAGGGCUGCCGCCACCGGCGCCGCACCGCUUCCUGUCGCUCUGGCUCUUCGUGGUGCUGGGCGUCAUCGUGACGGACAGCUCCGUGUGGCUGGUGACGGGCUCCAACACGGUGUUCGACGCGCUGGAGGACCUGCCCCUCUACGUCACGUACUACAUGUGCUUCACCUCGGAGGUGCUCUUCAUGAGCGACGCGCUGGCCGUGAAGGAGCGCAUCGCGUCGGUCAACGAGAUCCUCGUCUCGGCCAUGCCGCCGCCCGGGACGCUGUGCGUGCGGCGCCUGGCCAAGGCGCACGCCAUGCUGUGCGAGGCCAUGGAGGCCGUCUCGACGCGCUACGGGCCGCCGCUGGCGGUCGACAUGGUGGGCGUGCUGCUCAACCUGGUCAUCACCUCGUACUUCUCCCUGGAGGACCUGCUGCCCUUCUCGCCGCCCGGCGACGACGGCACGCUCACGUUCAUGGAGAUGGUGUUCGCCAUGCUGCACCUCGGCCGCAUCGUGAUGCUGGUGGAGCCGGGGUCCUCGGCCAACCGGGAGGCGGAGCGCAGCGCCGUCCUCGUGGGCUACCUGUGCUCCACCGUCCCGCACGGCAGUUUGAUGUACGAACAGCUCAAGGCGAUGUCCACCCAGCUGCACCACCAGCGACCCGCCUUCACUCACUGCGGCGUCAUCGAACUGGACCGCUCCCUGAUUGUCUCGAUCGUGGGCUCCGUGACGACGUACCUGCUGGUGCUGCUGCAGCUCAAGCCGACCGCCAUCCACGACUCCCACACCAACAGCACUGCGUAG